AUGAAUUUGAAAGAAGAUCCAAGAAUCGUUAUUACCUAUCCUCAAAGUGAUUAUAUCGUGAGUCCUUUGAAGGCUGCAAUCUCCAAGUAUCUACCUUCAUCGUCUAUUUCUGAUGAUUUGAAGACAGUUCCGAAGGGUGUUAAAUUGUUACAUUAUGGUGAAUAUGAAGAUUUGGAUCACGAGCGCCUCUUUCAGGAUAAAUUUUACCUGGCCAACUCCUAUACCUAUAGAAAGGGUCUCAUUAGAAAACAGUAUUUGGCAAAUACUGUGGCCUAUUACGUUGCCAAACACCCAGAUUCCUCUCUUAAAAAUGCAUAUCCCGAGACAUUCCAAUUGGAAUGUGCAUAUGCAGAGUUUCUUGAUGAUGCCUUGGAUGAAGCUUAUGAACUAAGAUGUGAUUUGAUAGAAAAUGAGAAGGAUCUGGAAAAAACGUAUAUUUUGAAGCCAAGUAUGAGUGAUAAAGGUCAAGGAAUUCGUCUUUUCAAGACCAUUGACCAAUUACAAACUAUUUUCAACUCAUUUGAUGAAGCUGAUGAUGAGGCUGAUAAUAAAGAAGGUGACGAUGAAAGUUCUGAAAAUGGUAUAAUCCUUUCCCAAAUGAGAAAUUUCGUUGUUCAGGAAUAUAUUGCCAAUCCUCUUUUACUAAAAGAAUACGAUAAUCGAAAGUUCCAUAUCAGAACAUACGUUCUAUGUGUCGGCUGCCUCGAAGUGUACGUCUAUCAGCGAAUGUUGAUGCUCUUCAGUGAAUCGUGCUACGUGAUUCCUGGAAAAGCAGGUGGUAUUAUUAAUAUGACUGGCCACUUGACUAACACUUGUCUUCAAGAGGAUACGAAUAAAACUGUCGUUGUUGAGCUAGACAAGUCUGUACUUUCUCCAGAGCUGAAGAAUGGCAUCUUGAGUCAAAUUAAUGUAACUGUUGCUGAGUUAUUCAAAGCAUCCAUGAGUUUCGAUAGAAUCAACUUUCAGCCUCUUCCAAAUGCCUUUGAAAUAUAUGGACUUGAUUUCCUUGUCGAUGUUGAGGAAAGAGUUGAGCUCCUUGAAGUAAACGCCUAUCCAGACUUCAAACAGACCGGUCAAGACUUGAAAGAAGUAAUAUAUGAGUUGUUCGAUGGAAUUGUUGCUAAAGGAGUGGUUCCUUUCUUUGAAGGCACUGAAAAAGAUGCUGAAAACAUGCUCAAGGUGUUAGACACCAAUAAUAGUGGAUAUUAG